UACGCAUGAGCAGCGCGCAGCACAAUAUCAUCGCAUCUCAGGACGACGCACAUAACGCAACACAGUCAUCCUUGUUCACGGGUUUUUUAUGGCUAUAUAUACGCCAGGAGAAAGAGAGAGAGAGAGAGAGAGCGAGAGAGAACGAGUGUAGUUUUCCUACAGCAUUCGGUCGUACUGGCGUGUUCGUUACGCGAUUCCGCAGUUCGAUUCGGGAAUGCAACGAGUGUACGACAAACCGUCCCCUACUGGUGUGCCCGCUGGUGGUCUAUCCGGAGUCGUCCUCGUUGUUCAUUCAUCUACAUCGGUGUGAUACUACCGUUGGUCGGUGGUCGUGGCUGUGCGGUAGAGGAGCAGGGCCGUAUCUGCCGUGUGCGCCGUGCGGUUACGAAAAGGGGAGCGAGCGAAACCUGCCCCCCCGCGCCCCGUGUGCUCGUGUAAUUUUAAACAGCUCAGUGUAUUGCAUUAAAAGCAUUCCUGCUGCUUAUCUAAGUAGAGUGAGAACGGAAAAGCAAAACGAAAAAAGGAAAGAAACCGAAGAGAAGGUUGCACAGGAAGGCGCCUGUGCGUGUGUUUGUGCGAGGGUACAAGGGAGCUGGUGGUGGUGGUGGUGGCGAAGUGAAUGGUUGGUUCGUAGUGUGAUGGAUGGCAGUCGAUUCAUCCUGCAGGAAACUUGAAAGAAAAAGGUCUUCCCCCGGACCGCACGACGGGAGCAGCUGGUGUCGUCUCUGCUGGUGUGACCGCUGCUACUGCUGCUGGUACUGCAGGAGUAGGAGUUAGCAGCAGCAACUCUGCCUGGGCAGCGACAAGGGCAGCCUGGUCCCGGGUGGGUGUCCUGUGUGUGUGUCUGUGUGUGUGAGUGCGCGCUAGGCUGCUGCGGAAAGAAGAGCCGUCCGUUCGCUUGUAGUGCAUGAAAUUUCUUCCUUCAUUAGUGGUGGACCGCAUUUUUUGUGCUUUGGCAACCGGACCCAGUAUCGUGUACGGUGAUGGGGGAGGGCCCCCUGACGGGAGAUGCAACCACCCCAACGUUACAUACCGUCAGUUUCUGAUUUAUACGGUACGGACGAAAUAGAGUUCCUGCUGGACGAAAUACGGGAUCUCGAACCAGCCUGCUGUCAGCUGGAGGACAUCCAGGACUUUGAAAUAGCUGGCAGCAGAGCAGGGGAGCUUUCCAUAUCGCUCGAAUCACCGAUCGGCACGUGCACGUCCUGGGACUCGCAUGCACAUUACCGUCAAAGGAUAGGGAACACACCGCUACCGUGGGGCGUUGCGCUGCACUGCGACGCCUCACAUCUCACCAGCCCGACCGGCAUCGUGCGGAUACUGCUGGUGGUCUCAUCCGCCGCAUGUCUUGCCUGUGAGUGUUCCGCCGGCACGGUACAGGUCGGUCUGUUUCUACUGCCAUUGAUUGGGCGCCUGAGGUUGAUGGUUUUUUGCGCCCUGUUCUCCUUGUUAGUCACCUGUUUGAUGCUGUUUUUGGAUAUCUCACACAUAGCGUUAAUGUUUCCCUUCAACUGGGGAAGAUUGAAUGCAUGGAUGUACCUGACGAUUGGUUUAUUAUUUAUUGUGGGUUCAUCAUUGCUAAUACAUAUGGUAUUUUUCGCUGAAGAAUUCAUGUGGGUGCCAAAGCACUCGAAGGACACACUAUUCAUAUCAGCGAUUCUUGGCUACAUCUGCUCGAUCGAAGCGUGCGUGCUGGCGGCACUGACAAAAUGUCCGUCCCAGUACCGGCACGUCAUGGACGAGUACAGCGAGAUGUGUUUGGAGGAGCGCGAGCUGAGCCCCAUCUGCAGUAACGACAUCACCAACCACAACCACACUACGGCUUCGAACGAUCUGUCGAACCAUCGGAGCUACAAUAAAAUCGAAACGGGUGAUAGCAUUACGCCAACGUGUAAUCAAAAACCUUACAUACCAGUGAAACGUCCCGACCAAUCGUACAACCAGCGACCUACCCUAGGUAAUAUGCAGAAGUCGAAUCACCGCAAUCGGCAGGGUUACCACUAUCAACCAAUCGCCUCAACCUCCCGGCAAAGUCCCACGUUCGUGCUGGACGAGGAUGCGCUGCCGGGCCCAUCGUCCCGCUCGCUCGACUACUCCAGUGCGUGAUGAUGUACUGCACCGAUAUUGGGGCGUACUGGGCGGUGGAAUGGUGUGCCGGCAGCAUCGGUCCGCUGGUGGUGGGGGUGUUGGUUUUAUCAAAUAUUCGAGGAGUUGGUUUCCGUUUCUAGAGACGUUUGUCUGUUAAGUAUUUCCUAUAAGUAUUAAGAACGCAGCCACAGUUACACACAGCCACACACCACAUAAUCACACAGCCACAUCUACAACAUUCGCUAUUGUUUCAGUGCAAUUUUUCGUAGUUUGCUGAAACAAUCACACACACACAGACACACACAUACACAGACACAUUCACACUAAGCUCCGAGAGACAAAAAAAGGGAGCGCUCCAUUUGUUGGUAAGAGCGGAGUGGGAGGUGGUAGAACUUCGACGAGACAAAACGAUAAAACGAUACCCUCGACAGGAAUAUGUCGACAGGAGUGUCUUACCGGUAGCGCCAUUUGAUGCGAAGGCAAAUGUAUGUUUUACCCAGACAUUUUAAGACCCUGGAGUGGUGUAGGCUGGAUGACGUUUGCUAGAAUAUAAGCUGCAGUUGGGACUAUACGUGGACAGGGAUAAAGUAUAACCGCUAGCCCAACAGUGACAUCGGUUUUAAUGCGAAUGGGUUAGUACGUAUGUUACAAUAUUUGGAUUCGUCUAUAGGUCGGUUAAACAAGGCACCUGUUAAUGAAAGUAAAAACAAGAAGAAGAAGAAGAAGAAACAACCAGACAAACAACAAACCAGCAAAACCGACAUCGAGCAAUCGUUGCAUCAUCCCUAUUCAUUUGCUCGUAGGCAUCGGGGGAAAGCGUUACUGAAUUGCUUCCAGUAGAUCUCUGACGACAACCUUCUGGCACAAAACUUGCAAUACACACACACACAAAACACGCAGACACAUCCAUCCUUAACACUGUUAGAGCACACUACAGCUAGCUCCAAAUUAGCUUUUAUUAUUUCGUCUUUCGGGAUUAAUACUCUUCAUUGGAGGAUUCACUUCCAAAUGGACUCCCUCCCCCAACUGGAGCGAUCAACAUAAAGCUAAAGAGCGCAUAGAAACUCUCGUUUUGUUUAGCAUCUCGCCCGCAUAUAACUUGCUAUCGUAACCUCGUUAUCUAUAUUUAAAAAAAACAAACAAACGAUCCGGGUAUCCAGGUACUAUACUGACAAGAGGUCACCCAGAGUACUGCUGCGAGUACCCCUCGAAACAAACAUAGAAAUACUCUAGCGUCCGUCCUAUUUUCCCAACAAAGAAGAAGAGCAGAAGAAAAAGAUACCGAAGCACGAGGCACGAGGUAGUAGAGGAAUGAAGAACAAUGAUAACAAUAUAUUUUUGUACCGACAUCUUUUCUGCAAGCCCGUUUUCAUUUGUCUGCCUUCGUACCGUGUGUGAAGCCAGUUUAAGUAGCCCGUAGUAGAGAUAGUGCUAGUGCGAGAACCGGAAGAGAUCAAACCGUUCGAACGUUCGAAUGGUAGGUGAACAGUGCGUAGCUUCUGAGAAGGAUUUAUUUGGCUCUUUCUUUGUUUUUGGGGUCUUAUCUACUACUCAUCUCAACUAUCCCCGUACUCUCCUAGGGUAGCUGGUUUUGCUUAUAGGUGUGUGGAAUUAGAACAGCUCUAUCAACAGUGAACCGCGAUUGACGUUCACCCUUUGGUUUCACAUUCGGAUAGAACAGUGAUCCAUUAUUUCAUUCGCCCCCUUUCUCAUCUCUUCCCUUUUCUAUCUAUUUCUCUCCAUAAUCUGCCGUCCAAUAAAUAAAACAAGUUGCUGUUUUAGUAGCCUGCAAAAGUGUCGGGCGCUAUCGGGUUUUGCAAGAUGCAGUAGCAGAAAGCAGGGUUCAUCUCCUUAGUGUACUAGAAUCGUUUGGUAGUACAGCCGCAUCCACUCAAAGUGAGCCUGUUACAGCAAAAGAUACGACAUUGUGCAAUAGAUAGAGAUGAUGAUGUGAUCAUUAAAAAAAAUGAAUCGUUUAUUGCGUUCUGAUUAGUGACGCUUGUGCGCAGCAACGCGAUUUCAUUUAAAUGACGCACAGUAGGGUUGAUCUGUUGGGACAAUAAUUGUAACUUACAGCAAGAAGACAAAAAUAAUCCUUCCUUUCAGUACGUAAUGCAUGGGUCUGCAGUCCCUUUGCUUUGGUACUAUGGUAUCCCGAAAAAAAAAAUGAUUCGACAAACGAAAAACAACAAAGACAUGAUAGAAAGCACACCAAUGAGGUCGCGUCAAUCGAAAAAGCAAUAGAAUCUCUCUGUAUCUCUCUA